AAUUCAUAUAUUCACGUAAACUAAUAUUAUAUAAAUUCACGUAAACUAAUAUUAUAUUAUGGUAUUUUACAUUAUUGUUCUAUAUCAAUACCUUCUUGAGCUUCAAUACGCGUACGAGCAAGCUCUCCAAUAAUGGCUAUGGCUAUUUCAAUCUCCUCCACCGCAUCCCUCCUCUUCCCAAGAGCCCAAAAAAAAGUCUCAGCCAACCUCUCACAAACCUCAUCCUACCCAGUUUCAUUUCCAGCCCAGAAGUCUCAUUCUUUGGAGUUAUCAACAAAACCCCCCGCCGCCGCCGCCGCCGCCGAGCAUAUUUGUAAGGUAACCACCAAUAGUAAUAUCACCACCACCACCACCGCCGAGAAUGAAGCAGAGAGAACCAAAAACAAUAUUGAAGAACAGACAGAACGACGGCGUUUGUCCGAAGCCUGGCCAGAGCUCCACGGUCAAGACGACUGGGUGGGUCUACUCGACCCAAUGGACCCACUACUCCGAUCCGAGCUCAUUCGCUACGGCGAAAUGGCCCAGGCCUGCUACGACGCCUUCGACUUCGACCCAUUUUCCAAGUACUGCGGUAGCUGCAGGUUCACCCGCCGCAACUUUUUCGAAUCCCUAGCCAUGAUGACCCACCACGACUACGACGUCUCACGCUACCUGUACGCCACCUCCAACAUCAACCUCCCAAACUUCUUCAAGAAAUCCAGGUGGCCCAAGGUCUGGAGCAAAAACGCUAACUGGAUCGGGUACGUCGCCGUUUCGACCGACGAAGCCUCCAAAACCCUCGGCCGCCGUGACAUCACCAUAGCAUGGCGUGGAACCGUCACCCGGCUCGAAUGGAUCGCCGACAUGAUGGACUUCCUCAAGCCCAUUUCCGGCAACAAAAUCCCUUGCCCCGACCCGAGUGUAAAAGUCGAAUCCGGGUUCGUGGAUCUGUACACCGAUAAGGACGAGACCUGCCGAUUCUGCAAAUACUCGGUGAGAGAACAGAUCCUCUCCGAGGUGAAGCGGCUGAUCGAAAUGUACCCCGGCGAGGAGAUGAGUAUCACAAUCACGGGUCAUAGUCUCGGGGCGGCUCUGGCGAUUUUAAGCGCCUACGAUAUAGCCGAAACGGGUAUAAAUAUUAGUGGAAACGGUCGGGUCGUACCGUUAUCCGUUCUAUCGUUUUCGGGUCCUCGGGUCGGGAAUGUUCGGUUCAGGGAGAGGCUUGAGGCGUUGGGGGUGAAGGUUUUGAGAGUUGUGAAUGUUCACGACGUGGUACCGAAAUCGCCGGGUUUAGUAUUUAACGAGAAUGCGGCGCCGAUGUUGAUGAAAAUCGCCGAGGGAUUGCCGUGGUGUUACUCGCACGUCGGCGUGGAAUUGGAAUUGGAUCAUAAGAAAUCGCCGUUCUUGAAACCCAGUAAUGAUCCUGUUUGUUCUCAUAAUUUGGAGGCUCUCUUGCACUUGCUUGAUGGAUACCAUGGAAAAGGGCAGAGGUUUGUGCUAUCGAGUGGGAGAGACCCAGCUUUGGUGAACAAAGCGUGUGAUUUCUUAAAAGAUCAUUACUUAGUUCCACCUUUUUGGAGGCAAGAUCAGAACAAGGGCAUGAUCAGAGGAAACGAUGGCCGAUGGGUUCAACCCGAACGUCCUAAACUCGAUGACCACCCUUCAGAUAUGCACCAUUAUCUUAAUUAUAUUGGUCUCCAUCUCUAACUCUACAUUAUAAUUUGUAUCCAACAUUAUAAGGAGAUGACGUACUGUUAUUGGUGUAAUCUAAAAUAUCGUCAGCCAACCAUAGAGUGCCAACUCAUGCAGUGUUCGACACCUUAAGGUGUUAAAUAACAAUAUCAAUUAUUUUUUAUUUUUUUAUUUUUUUAUCUUUAAAUUAAAAAAUUGCUUCUUUUUUAAUGUAUUUUUGGAUUUAUCUCUGUAUUACAUUUAGAUAUAUGUUUGUAAGUUAGUGACUUUAGAAAAACCCUUGGUUACAAAAUGUUAUGCAUUGUUUAAUCAAGGGUCUUUGUGCUAAUAUAGUUAGUUUUAUAUGAAAUGAUGACAACUUUCUCUAAAUAAAAGUCAUAAUUUUAUAAACAAUUAGAAUUUUAUUAUUUGAU